AUGUUUCAACAACAGCAACAAGUGCAAGCCAAUGGAUCGGACCUUGUUGUUCGUCAAUUAUUUGGAGGAGCCAUGUCCAUUUUGUUACCAGUGAAUUAUUUGGACGCCUCCCAUUUCAGAGAAAUUCCCGAUAAUCAAGAGGUUUGGACUGAUAAUUUGGAAGCACCAACUUCAUCGAGUGGAGUGCAAUCAUCAAGUUGUCCUUCUAUUAUAAUUGAAAUUUUAUCAAGACCUGAAAAUGUAUCGGAUGCAAAUAUUACGGAAUUUUUGUUUAAUGAUUUGGCGGAUGCGAAUCAUGUUGCUGCCAAUCAAAGAUUAUUACUCAUGCAGCCUUUUAAUGACACUCAACAAACAAAAACAAGUAAUUUUCCAAUGGCUGAUUAUGCAGCAGGAGCUGUUGGGAAAAUGAUGGUUGAGAAAAAUAGAGGCAUGGAUGAAGUUACUGUGUUUUUAUGGGUUGUAAGAUUGAAGCACAUUGAUACUGAUAUCUUAAUAUCGUUAAAUGACCCUAUGGUGAAAUAUUCCACUUCUGACGAAGCUGCUCAAUCUUCCAGAAUGAAACUUUUCGAAAAAAUUAUUCGCUCUCUCACAGUGAAUGAUUGGAAUUUAUUUGCCUAA